AUGUCGUACCUAGCGAAACACCUAUGGAGACCAUACUUGCACAACAUUGCUUCCAAAUCAUUCAUUGCCGAUAACGGCGAGCAUUACAAAAUUCCGAGCGGUUCCUAUCGAUGGACAGAGACUUUUGGCAAAAAACUCAUUAUUCUUGACGUCGAUAGUCGGCCAAAUACGAACACUGGCGAGAUAUUGAAUGGGGAGAAGCCGGAUCUGUCUAAGAUUACAGGUCGGACUGCAGGAUUUAUGAGUCAUUAUCUCUAUUCAAUGAUCCAUGGAUACGACUACCGACUCGUGCGAGCCCCUAAUUACAACGAUCGUCACGGCACCUGGGUGAAAGUCCCUAUGAUAAAAGAAGCUCUUAAAUCCCAUGCUGUUGUGGUUUUCCUCGACGCGGAUGCUGAGUUCGUUCACCCUCAUCUCCCACUUGAAUGGUUGAUGAGUUUUUGGAACAUAACGCCACGGACGCUUGUCGCCAUGGCUGAAGAUCCUGACGAGAGCUACAACAAGGAUGACAAGGGUCGACUGCUUUGGAAUACCGGGUUCAUUAUUGCGCAACAGAGUAACCGUACACAAGAGAUGUUCGAUGCCUGGGAAAACUGUCCGACUGGCGAUCGCUACCCCGGCUGUGAUCGUUGGUUAAAAGAAUGGGCGCAUGAGCAAGCGGCAUUUGGAUAUCACCUACGUUAUGAUUACAACGGACCAGACGAAUUACGCACCAUUCCCUGCGAUCAAGGUAAUGGAGCGCCAUACAUCGGCAACAACAAAUGUCGCGGUGUGUUUGUCCGCCACCACUGGUGGGAGAAGGACCGUACGAUUCGGAGUUUAUAUGACUCAAUUCUCAAUCUGUUUGUUCGGAGACUUUAUGGACAAUUUCAUGGAGAAAAGAGCCGCUACUUUCUGGAUGCCAGCCAAUACCAGUAUCCGAUACAUGAUCUAGUUGUGUAG